UCGCAGUGCAACACCGGCCCCGUGCAGUGCUGCCAGAGCGUCCAGAGCUCUGGCGACCCCGGCGUCACCUCGCUCCUCGGCCUGCUCGGCAUCGUCCUCGACGGCGCGAACGUGCCCAUUGGCCUGACGUGCUCGCCUAUCAACGUUCUCGGGCUGGGGCAGGGCGCGUCCUGUGAUGCGAACCCGGUGUGCUGCGAGGACAACUCGAGUGAGUACUCGCUCGUCUCGGUUGGUUGCGUACCCGUGAACCUG